AUGUAUUAAUAUGUGGAAGGUGCCAAAUUUAUCCAACAUCUCUAAAAUUUGGAUUGGAAAAUAGGCUAUGAAUAAUUGAUAAUAGGAGAAUAAUUGGCUUAGGAAUUAUUGACUGCAACAAACAUUAGAAGUGUAAAUUUUAAUGGAAAUGAAAUUGUGAAAGGCAAUACAUUUCCAGUCGUAUAUGAAGAAGCUUAAUUGAAUCAUUCAAUCAUAUAAUUACUAGUCUUAAAUGGAUAAAUUAGCAUUUAUGGACCGUCUUUGAAUUUCUAAGUCAUAGACCAUUAGUUUUAAUACAUUUAGAAUGAAGCAUUUUAAAAUCGAUACAAUUUAUCUUCUGGCACAAUUAGCUUUGAUGACAGACAAAGAAUUAUACUAAAUUCAGAAUAAUUAGUAACAGGGAUGUGGAAUUGUGCAUCUAUCUUUAAUUUACCAUAAAAUUAACAGUUUAUUAACUGUCUUCUUAAAUUUAUAAAUUAAAUCACACAAAAGGGUAAUAAGAGAAUCAAAUUUACUAAACAGGAUUCCUUUAUCCUUGUCAUUUUCGAUGUAUCAGCAACUUGCAUAUUGGUGUCAUUAGGUGAUCCUACACAUAAACUAAUUUACAAACCAAAAGUGUAUAAAUUAUGGGAGAAUUUCUUAAAUAAGAAUUCGUUUUCAUCAGACCUUUAAUUUUCAAUUAAUGAAUAUGAUUAAUUGGAAAGUCAGAUCUCAAUUCUUUAGAAAGAAUACUCUAGUAUGUUGAAAUUUUUAUCAGAACCUUCCACACAAUUGAUAGACAGUGUUCCAAAUAAAACAAGUCUUUUAAUUUUAUCAAAAUCAAAUCAUUAAACAAAUAAUCAUAAUUCAAUGGCAAGUCAUCAAUUUUAAGGAUUACUUUAAGUAAGUAGCCAAAAAUUGUUUACAGGUAGAUCACAUUUAGACACAAAACGAGGAUACCAUUUAUCUGUAGGGUAACUCUCAGAAAAUUCAUUUCUUCAAGAUGCUCCUUUAAUCAAUUAAAUUAAUUAAUGA